GUGAGGUCAGCACGUGAGUUCACAGCUGAUUUCCUGGCUUUUUGUGUGUGUGUGUCAGUUUCAGCAGGAGCUCAUCAUGUCUCUCCCCGCCGGUGAUCGUUCUGUACCUUCCCCCUGCUGACCAGGGAGAGAAGGAGCUGGUCCAGCCCUAGAAAUAACUAAAUCUCUCUGUCCCUGCACAGACGUUAAAAAAAACAACCCCAAAAUUCCAAGCCACAGCCCACCCAGCAACAUGGCACAUGCAGCUCAGCUCAAUAUCCUGGAGCAGAACUGCCCCAUCCAGGUGGAGCACGAUCGCAGGAGGAGACAAUUCACAGUGCGGCUGAAUGGUUGCCACGACAGGGCAGUGCUGCUCUACGAGUACGUGGGGAAGAAGAUAGUGGACUUGCAGCACACGGAGGUACCAGACGCCUACCGAGGAAGAGGAAUAGCCAAGCACCUGGCUAAGGCAGCCCUGGACUUUGUGGUCGAAGAGGACCUGCGAGCUCACCUGACAUGCUGGUACAUUCAGAAAUACGUCAAGGAGAACCCCCUGCCGCAGUACCUGGAACACUUGCAGCCUUAACGCAGGAGGCUGCGGAGCCCGGACUGCUCUGGCAGCAGCACGCCCUGCCCCUGACUGUCCGAUGCGGCCUUCACUUCUGCGCGGUCUCAGGAAGUCCCACGCGCUCUCAAAAUCCUGAUUUUUUGUAAGUGCGGACGUGGGGGAUGUGACCCUCCCAAAUAGCGCCGGGGCCCUGGUAAUGCACAGCAGCUGGGCCCUUCCACAGCUGGGCUGGCUCAGGGUUCUGUUGACAGCAGCCUCCCCUGUCACUGCGCCACGGGGUGGAAGGCGAUGGCUUCUGUCGGCCUCCUUCAGCAACGUCCUCACCCCUGCGGCUCGUCGAAAGCAAGAAGCUGGCGGGCGGAUGUCAGCUUGGGGUAGCCACUGGGCUCCACCUCUCCUCCGGCAACGUGCGGGGCUGCUGCAGAUCAACCCGUCCUGAGCUGAAGGGGGAUUGUGGAGAGGGGCAGGGUCUUACCCACCUUUCGUCGCGAAGGGGAUGGAAGAGUCCGAUGACAAAGCCUGACAAGCCCAGUUGGUGCCAUUUGCUGUGUGGGCUGGAGCUGGAGAGGAUCGAGGUCCGGCCGGUCAGCUCCCUUCGGGCAAAGCAAGGAGCAUUAGCAUCAAGUCGCAGAGGGUGGACGAUUGGGUCUUAGGGGACUCUCUCUGCAUGUUCCAGAGACAUUGGGGCCUGGAUGCCUUCUGUCCCAGAAAGGGCACCUAUGUGAGAUGGUCUGUCGUCAGCCCCUGUCAGGGACGGGCAGCAUCGCGGAGGGGUGCUCAAGAGCAGUGGCUCAGCCCAGACCUCCUUUCAGUAGCCCAGUGGUUUGAGGGGUGGGCAAGGGAAGGGAGGUUAUAAACUUUGCUACCCCGUCAGGGACAGGAGCGUUUUGAGCCAAUCUCUCAUUUUGCUGACUCAACUCCGCCGUGAACGAGGGGACGUUUCCCUGCCGGGGUUGGAGCAGUAACAGACAGCCCUAGGAAUGCCUGCCACCACCGCGGGCUUUGCUUCUCUGCCUCUUUCGGAUUCCAAGGGGCGGUGAGUGACAAGGGAGGGACAGAGGCGCCGUCAGCAAGGGGCACUCAGGGGUCCCGUGGAUGAGCUAAGCAGGCGCCACCAUCCCAGCCAAGCGCACAAACGUACACGCUGAGCCAAGCAGGAUAUGAUCCUUGAGGUGUUCAGGCCAAGCCCAGGGGAGGGAGAAGGGGAUGCGUCCAAUCCCCGUGGGAGGCUGGGGCCAGGAGCAGAAUGUCCCUUCAGGGUGAGGGUCAGGGAUGCAGAUGCAGCGCAUGAGUCGAGAGAUGCUGCUGCCACCACCGCUCAGUCAAUAGCAUAGGCCUGGGGUUUGCACAGGGAUCACUCACUGGUCACUUCCCUUGCCGCUCCCCUGCCCAGCAUUGUCCGCUAACCCCUACUGCUAGGAACCCAGGCACCCUGAUGGCUGCAUCCAAGAGCUGCCCGCCCAAGGGGGAGGUGUCAGACUUUUGUCCUCUCCUUUUCGUGCAGCAGCGGAGGGCUGACAUGCCAGGCGGGGAGCGAGGGACGUGUUCUGCUCCAUCCCAGUCUCUCACACUGAUCAUUUAGACUUUGGGGGCGGGGCGGGGGUUUAUCCUUCAGGAACCUCUCAGUGCUCAGGAUGUGCAGGGCUGUGCUCUGCUCCAGGUCACUCGGGGCAACGUCAGGAAAGUCACUGGGCUUGCAUGGGUGAAACUUGUAGCUGACUCUCCCCCAGCACCCUCAGUUAGCUCAUCCUGCUGAUUUAGAAGGGCUGCAGUGAACUAACGGGAACUGCAAGGAACUCCUGUAUUUAUAUUAGGCUAAAUCCUGAGAGGUGCUGAGUAUUGCCAACACCCGUUGACUUCAACAGAAAUUGCAACACCACUUUGGAGUUGACCCUAUUAUUAUCUCUGGGCCAGAUCUUGAAGGCCGUAGUCCUAACCUCCUAAUGGGAGCCUGGCCUAUGUGAUCUGAUUUGCUUUUAUUGGACAUUAUAUAUGUCUUCCGGCAUUCAUUCGCGUUGCUAUUUUUUUCAGUUACUAUAUUUUUAAAUUAACCCUUCUGAUGCUGGCUUCUGCUGCAGUGACAGACCAGUCAGCAGAGCGACUCUGAAAUGCUAUUAUUCCCUCCCUCACAAGUUAUGAAAUGCCGUACCUUGGAAGCAAGGGAGGUCUGUUUUGUCCCGUGCACAGGCAUGCGAGGCAGUGAGGAAGCAGAUCAAGAGUUCCUGCUAACCAGCCCCUCACUGCUGCUCCCAGGCUGUUCUGCCACAGCCGGGGCCCCACCUGUUUCUAUUUGGCAUGUGGGGAAGAAAUAACCCAGUUCAGAUACUGAACUAUGGCUAUGCAUGGCUUGCAUCCUCACAGCCUGCUGCUGUAUCAGUGGUUGGUGACUGUGCAUUUGUGUGCCAUGGCUCAGCUUUGUCAUAUCCUCCCCUAGUGACAAGGCGUUGUCCCAUUGUCACUCAGCAUCGUGGCACUGAGAGGCCCAAAAUAUAGCCAGGGCUCAUUAAAUGUCUUUCAGAACACUAGAUAGACUCCAGAGAACGGCACUCAGGAGGGGUCUCGAUGCUGUUCUCUGCGUGACAGAACGCCCAGGGGGUGGGUGUCUCAGGCAAUUGAUAGUGAGAUACGGAGUCUUUCACUGCUGGGCCAUAUUCAAAUCCACCCUCCUUUGGUAGUGUCUGAAAGUUACGAUCUGAUCACUGCUCAGGGGUCUAAGUGGAACGAGUUGGGUGUAGAGAGGAUUCCAGUUCUGUUCCUGGAACCUAAGCUCGAGCCCACUGCAGUCAAUGAAUAGACACUUGUUGACUUCACUAGACUUUGGCUCAGCGGUACAGAACAGGUGUCCUCAUCGCUGGCUGCUCAGCUGGUCUCUUUGGUGGCAGUCUCAGCAGAGCAUCCAGUGACUGAAUCAGCAUGAAGACUGAACUAUCCUCCUUAGACUCCAGGCCAAGGUUAAAGCUCAGCGUGGGCUACUUUACAGUUAGUCUGCCUUGCUACAAACUAGACUGUAUCUGUUCUGCAGACCUAGGACUUCAGACACCUGGGCUGUCACCAGCAGUUCCUUCGCUCAUCUUAAAAUGACAGGCUGAAAUCUAACUGGCAUGGUUUAGCUGACAAUGCUCCGAUAUAAUCCUUCCUUGUCGCUCUAAGCUUCAUACCCCUUCUCCCACCUGCAACAUCGUCAAACCUGUCACAACACAAGCUUCCCAAGUGAAUGGACCUUUGUCCUGUCUAACAAGGCUGAUGAAAGUGACAGAAAUGCCUCAGAUUCAUGCUGUUCGUGGUAGUAUAUUGUUAGAGAGACUGCCCUGAACUUCUCCAUGCUUCGGAUGCACUGGGGCUUGACUGUUGCUUCUAGGAAAUCGUAGGGGGAAUCUGAAAAGCAGCAUGGGUAUAGAGUUAAAGGCCCAGUGCUCAAGAGGAAUCUAAGGUGCUACACACUAGAGUUAUGUUUGGCAAAGAACAGAUAAGGCCUAGUGAAGAUGGGCACAGGGACAGAUCUGGCUGCACCAAAACUGAAGAAUGGUAGAAUUGCCCUGCUCAUCACCAUCUCCUUCUCCUGUUGCUCGAGAUGAGAAGACACUAUUGUAACAGGGGUCCAGCAGAGUUGCUUGAGAAUUGCCCGCAUGGCUGCCUUGUAGAAGCAAAGUGCUGGGCCAAGCCCAUUGCUGAGAACCUCAUCCCACUUUUGGUAUUAACUUCUCUUGGGUGUACAGCUUCCAGACAUGCAAAGUUAUGCCUCGUACUGGAAUGCCCACUGGAGGACUAUGGUGUUAUCAUUUCACAUGUUACGCUAUUGUGCUAUUUCCAUGGGAACCUUGGCCCUCCUAGAUCAGAUCGAGAUUGGCCACCCCUGCCUUAAAACAAGCGCAGUACAGGGACUUGCUGCUGCUUCACUCUGAGGUGCUGUCACCAUUUCUGUUCCUGAUACCAUGGAGACAUUUGAUAGUGUUUGUGCUCACAGUUCUACUGCUGUAUCCAUCCACCACCUUUCAUUUCCGGUAUUAUUUGAUGUUUGGGAAUAGCAAUACUUACUAGCCAAGGCAAGUCAUUGGUGCUGCUGCAGUCCUCCAUGCUACAAUAACCCAUCACUGGCAGCUGGAUGUGACCUGCAGGUUCCUGGUGAUGGAAGACUCUCCCUACACCGCUUCCAUCACCCAUCCUUUCCUAGCUCAUCCCUGUGGGAAGGAGUCCCCUCAACACCUUGUGAUACUCAACGGUGCUGAUUGAACGUGGGGGAUCUCGGACUCCUAGACGCUCUUCGAACAAGAAUGGGAAAGAGAUUUCAGGGGUGUGUUGAGAUAUCAAAACUCACUUGAACUAAAGGCCUAAGGAAUAUAUAGGACAUUGUCAAACUGACUUCCGUGUCAACCAGUUUGAAUCUCCCUCUUUCUCGUAUGGCCUCCAGUGUUGUGUUUCCCUCUGUCUAGGGUUUUUGGUUUUUUUUCCUGUUGAAUUCAGUGGUAACUAUGUGCCUUUCCUACUCAGGACCUGACACAAAUGACCUUUCAGCUUUCAUUUGUGUCUAACAUUCUCCCUCCCUAUAUGUCAUACUAUUAAACGUGAACAUAUUGCAUGGAAUACAAUACAAUAAAAGGUGUGGCUUAACCAA